AUGUGGAAGGAGCGUGAAAAGCGGUUCGCUAGAGCGUGGAUGGCGCUGACGUUUGCAGCGUUUGUGGUUCUUCUGCAGGGACCUGGCAUGCCGACGGUGGCAGCCAUUACGACGACCGACUCGCUGCUGGAGUCCACUCACACACCCCUCCCAGUGACGCUCGCCGAGCUCGAGCCGGAAACGUCAUCCACGUCCGAUCUGAGCGAGGCCGAAACGAAGGACCCGCAGCGGCUGGAGAUCAUCAAACAAAUCCGCAAGGUGAACCAGGACGGCUCGUACACCGUCGGCUACGAGGCGGAGGACGGGACGUUCAAGAUCGAGAGUCGGGAUGUGCUCGGCAACAUCAAGGGUACGUACGGCUACAUCGACGUGAACGGUGACAUCAAGCGAGUUUCGUACGGUGGUAGCGGUCAGCCGCCGCGGCCAGCCGCACUCGGUACCACGCUCUCGCCGUCGUCGACCACCGAGGAGGACGUGGUGCAUAUUCCACCCCGAUUCAACCGCUCCCAGCAGCAACAGCACCAUCAACUGCUCGUGCCGACCACCAGGCGUCCUCCGAACUAUCAGCCGCCGCAGCAUCAUCUGCCAUCGCACACGCCCCAACACGCCAGCACGCUGCGCCCGAGCGUCAUCCAGACUAUCCCCCGCAAGCGGCCCGGCUAUCCAUCGUCAACGACGACCACGAGCGCUACGACGGCGGCUCAUAUGAGCAGCUCGAUGUCCACGACGUCGACAACUACGGCCGCCACGACGAUGACGACACCGAUGAGCACACCGCGCGGCGUGACGGAGAGCAUGACCACACCGAAGCCGACUGCCGAGACAGGCGGCAGUCUGGCCGGUGCGUUCGGUGAGCCGACGACCGCCUCCUCACAUAUGUCUUCGCUGCACAGCAAACCGCAGAGCACGGUGCUCAUCAUACGCCCAACGCCGCUACCCUAUCAGACGUCCAAAACCGCGGAGCAGUUGGCCCGCCCCGAGCGGCUCGAAGGCACCAGCAAGUACGGCCACCUGUCGGCGCCCUCCAAGAAACCGGUGCGUGGGAACUUCCUGCGCCGUCAGCUCGCGGCGCCAGCCGCCACCGUCGAGUCGGGCGAGCAGUACGAGGCACAGCAGCAGCAAAUAGUCUACGGUCAGUCGGACGGCGAUCUGGGCAGUAUCUUCACCGCCGGCGGUGGUAAGCCGCUAUACACGACCCAUCCCGCACCGCGCAUUCCAGCCGCCGUACUGGCGGCUCGACAGCGAGCAGCCCAGAUCCAGAGUGCGCUGCAGGUUCAGGCCGGACAGAGCGGUGGAUCAUCGACCAGCGAGCGUUCGUUCAACAAAGAGCGGGUGUACGCGAAGCAACCGGUCCGGCCUAGUGUACGCCAUGAGGCACCACCGGCCCAGGUCCUAUAUGAGUCGUCCACCGAGCCCUCCCUGGAGCACGGCUACGUGACGGAUGGACCGGGCUCGGCGUCGGUCGUACAGAUCCCGGCCGCGAACAGAGUUGCCACGGUAGCGGCCAGCGAGGUGGAGUCCGACAUCGACGAGCGGCGGCCGAUAUUCCGCCCGCGUCCGGUAGAGUUCCGUCCUCGGGAGGCUGCACCACAGGGUCGCUACCGAACGCCGUACGGACUUCCACCCCCGCAGUUCGCCCGGUCCUUCACGCCACUGCCGCCACCUCAGGAGGGUCUGCCGUACGCCACCAGAGUUACCGAGAACAGCGUCGACGAUGGUGAGCGCGACCCGGAUGACGCCCAGCAGCAGUAUCAGAACCCGCAGCUCAGCAGCAUUUCGCCGUACAGGCAGCAGCGACGGCUGACCGGUGGAGGUUUGCCGCAACCAUCUGCUGAAACCGGCUACGGAGGAUCGCAGGUGCAGCAGCAGCAGCAGAACUCUUACCCCAUCCCGGUGCCCUUCAAUCCCGCCCAGUACCCACCGACGCAUCCGGGCGCACGAUCCAACCCGUACUACUACGACAUACCUGCCGAACGCCCGCUAACCGCACGCGAUUUUGAGCGUAUCCUCCAGUUGUUGAUCUUCCGCCAUCAGCAGCUGCAGCAAGCGAGCCGGUACCGCGCUGGAGGCUACUACGGUGGCUACAACGGUGGCUUCCCGUACAAUCCCUACUACCCGGGGCCGUCUCCAUCGCCCUUCGGUCUAGGAGGACCCUACAAUGGCGGCUAUCCGCAGCAGCAAAUCCCACGCCCACCACUCCCAUACCCCUACGGAUCGCCGUACGAUCACGGUCUUGGCUAUCAGAACCCGCUCUACAGCCCAUCCGCGCCGAGUUCCAGUAUGCAUCCCGGUCCGGAUGGGGAAGCCGAUGGCGGCUACGGUCAGCCAGCAGCUGCUCGUCGACACGGCCAGUACUUCCGCCAACCAGCACUCGAUGGAGCCGGUGCUGGCUCCACUUCCGGCUUUGGACUUCGGGCUGCGAGCGGAGGCGACUACCUGCCGCCGGACGUACGCGAAAGUCUCCUCUAUCGCAUGCUGAUGCUCGCCAUUCAGACCUCCGGCUCGAACGAGGUGCUACCGCUAGCCGCCCCAACCGGACCAUCCAGUUCCCAGCUGCCGCACCUUGCUCACCACCUGCAGGGUGCGUCCUCCGUACCCCGGCCGCAAACACAAUCCAACCACCGAAUGCAGACCCAACCGCACCAGCCGAACAGCCCAGCUACGGUUGCCUCUUCGGCCGCCACGCCGCUGCCCAUGUUCAGCAAGAAACCCGUGCGAAGUGUACAGAUUCUCGGCGAGGAGUGA